AUGGACCUAGAUACUGCUGUUAAAGCCAUGUUCAAUAUUGAGCAAAAUUUAAUGCUCAAACUAGCUGAACAAAAGGAUGAAACAAACGAAUUGGUUACGGCCAUUGGGCAAUUAAUGGUGGAAACAAACAAAUUGGUUAAGGCCACUGAGCAAAAUUUCAUGAGCAAACUUGAUGAACUAAAGGUGGAAAAUAGCAAAUUGAUGAAAGAAAUUAAAAGUUGGAAGGAUGAAAAGGCGUAUAAGAAAUGUGAUUGUGAUUGUUUGGGUUGCAAGGAUUGUUCCAAGAAGACGAAUCACUGUAAAUAA